AUGGCUAGCCGUGCAGGCCUACCCGAACUGCUUCAAUUGAUCAUCGAGGGCGAAACCGUCCCGGAUCUCGCGGCGGAGAAUGCGAUCCCUCCCGUUGGGCGAUGCCCUUCAAUUUCGCCGAGGCCGAGCGGCAAAACCGAAGCGAUCCCUGAGAAAACCCAUCGGUGCAAGUCUUUUCGGCGGCAAUUUGGUUCUCAAAAUGCUGUGCUCAAGUCUCAGACUCUCGAAAAGUUGCACUAUGAAACGUCCAUGACCGAGCCGAGCGACCUUGGUAGAUUGGCUGAUGGCGCCGUCCAGUGCGAGGUUCGAGUUCGAGAUGCGACCCGAGCGUCGGCGGUACAUCGGCCAAUCAACUCCAUCAAACCGCCCGCACCGGCAGAACCGGUCAAUUUUUGCAUGUCAUCGGCAUCGCAGCUCCCUUCUGAUUCGAGCGCGUUGAACCAUCGAUGGCUCGGCAGCUCCGUGCCACGCGGUCGCACGGUCACACAGAACUCUGAGCUUCUUUUCCUCGUUGACCGGCGCUGUGCAUCCCGACAUGCAGAAUCUUAG